CCCUCGCAACGGACUCUCCCUUCAAACGGGAAACAAGAUGGCGGCGGCAGGUCCGAGUACUCGGGCCUCUUCCGCGGCGGCAGCGGCAGCUCUGAGUCGGCGGGGCCGACGGGGCCGCUGUGACGAGAUGGCGGCAGCCAAGACUGGGGCCCCGGGCGCGGCCUCUGGUCCCGCGUUGCUGGUGUUGCCGCCGCCGCUGCUGCAACCGCCGCCACCGCCGCGGCCGGAGGAGUCGGGCUGCGCCGGGUGCCUGGAGACCCUCGGCGAAGCUGCGGCCCUGCCGUGCGGCCACUCGCUGUGCCGAGGCUGCGCCCAGCGCGCCGCCGACGCAGCGGGCCCCGGUUGCCCGCGCUGCCGUGCCCGCGGCCCGGGUUGGGCCCGCCGUCGGGCCCGCGACGACGGCCAGGCCGACGCGGAGGUGCAGAGCGAGCGCGCCCGCCGCGGCCAGCCGGAGCGCUGCCGCCAGCGCCGGGACGGGGGCGCGGCCGCCGCGGGGUCCAGGCCGGAGCAGGAGCCGCGCGCCGCGGCCACGGAGCCAGAGUUUAUAUUCAGAGCACCAAUCAAAUUAAGCAAGCCUGGGGAACUUCGUGAGGAAUAUGAAAGCCUGAGAAAGCUGAGAGAAGAAAAGUUGCAAGAGGAGAAAACCUCUGAAGAUCAAAUCCACAAGCUGUUAUCAGAGGAUACAGAAACAGGGAAAAGAAAAAUGGAUGAACAGAAAAAGAGAGAUGAGCCAUUAGUACUGAAAUCAAAUCUGGAACAUUGUCCUGCACGCCUCUCAGAUUCAGAGAACGAAGAACCUUCCCGAGGCAAGAUGACACAGACACAUCGCUCGGCAUUUGUUUCCAAGAACAACUCCUACUCCUUAGCUUUCCUGGCAGGGAACCUAAAUUCCAAGGUGGAAAGGAGUCAGAGCUGCAGUGACACAGCUCAGGACAGAGCGAAGAGCAGACUCAGAGCAGCCCCAACAAGCAAAACCAAGGUCACAGCUAUAACCCCAGCCUCCAACCCCAUCAUCGGUGUCCUCUUGUCCACUCAGAACAACCGCUGCCUCUCAGCCCCUGACUUAACCGUUGAGAAGCGUCUACCCUUCAGCUCCCUCUCAUCCUUGACUUCCCUGCAUAAGCCCGAGCGCUCCAUCAGUCCUGAGAGCAAUGACAGCAUCUCCGAAGAACUAAACCAUUUCAAGCCCAUUGUCUGCUCACCAUGUACUCCUCCCAAGAGACUCCCUGAUGGCCGAGUGCUAAGUCCCCUCAUCAUCAAAUCAACACCCCGCAACCUAAACAGAAGCCUGCAGAAGCAGACUUCUUAUGAGGCUAGUCCAAGGAUCCUCAAGAAGUGGGAACAGAUCUUUCAGGAGCGGCAGAUCAAAAAGACCCUUUCGAAAGCCACCCUCACCUCCCUGGCUCCAGAAACAGGGGAAGACUCACUGGUCUCUGAAGUUACCCAUUCUAACAAGGAGAAGCCACCUCAGGCUUUAAAUACAAGACUGGCCAGUGGGCAAGUACUCUCUGAGUGUGUAGGACCCACCCUCACUGACCUUGAUUUUUUCCCCUCCGUUAGCCAAACAAAAGUGGAACAGGGCAGCGAUAGUAAAAGGAGCUCUGAGAUCCCGUUGGAAACCUGCUGUUCCUCAGAACUUAGAGUGGGAGCCAGUGGUACUUUGGAGACGGAGCAGAGUGAAGGGCCGGGGCCAACCCCAGAUGCCAAGUUAGACAAAACCUGUAUAAGCGCAACCAUGAAAAUCUCGGCAGCUCAUUCAGCGCUACCCAAAAAUAGUGUUCUGGGUGGGGUCCUCAAAACAAAGAAGCAGCUGAAGACAGCAAAUCAUUUUGAUCUGCCUAAUGGUGUGCUGGCAGACAGCCGAGGUGAGGAGCCGCUUCCUUCCUUGCGUCGGGGCCGGAAAAGACACUGUAAGACCAAGCACUUGGAACAAAAUGGCUCCCUUAAGAAACUGCGACAGAGCGGUGGUGAGGUGGUCCUGGCCCCGGCAGAGCCGGUGCUGCGGGAGAUGGAGCAGAAACUGCAGCAAGAGGAAGAGGACCGGCGGCUGGCUCUGCAGCUGCAGCGCAUGUUUGACAACGAGAGGCGGACUGUGAGUCGGCGAAAAGGAACCGUGGAUCAGUAUCUCUUACGGUCCAGCAACGUGGCCGGGGCCAAGUAGCACCUAAUGAACAGUGUUACCUAUUUUUAAGAGGUCUUUGGGCUUGAUCAUUUAUCCUGAAGAGCUGAGUGUUCUCACUUUGGGUUUCUUUCAAUGGCAAAAUACUGUCUGAUACAGUUCUGGGAGGUUCCGGGGCCUUCGUAGUCCAUGUCCAAGGGAACUGUGUCUCUGCCUCCCUGCGACCGAGGCCAGAAGCACUCCUCACCCCAAAGUGACCUGUCCCUGAGGGCUCCUGGGCCAAAUCGGGCAGCACCCACUUGGAAUGAGAUUCAGGAGCACAGUGGCCAGAGUUACAAAUGGUAGAGGAAUGAGGGGGGAUACCUUCUUAAACCGACAGACCUCCUGACUUCUUUCAACAGGGUGUUAUUUUAAAUCAGCCUUGCAGAUAAACAUUACUUCCAUCUGUGUCGUAGAAGUGGAUCUGCGUUUUGGCAGAUUCCAAAAUGAUUGUGUUCCCCCUUCUCCUUAUCCAUGCCACAAGUAAAUGUACCUACUGAAAUUGGUUGAGUUUUUCCCUUCUACAAAAGUUAAUUUACCUUCCCUGUUUAAAAAGUAACGUUUGAUUAAUGCUAUAUAGUUGACAGACCACAUUGAGUCACUGUUGGAUUUGGUCUUCUCAGGAGUGCUAACGUGUAAGCGGUGUGAGCCCCAUUUUAGAUGAUGGAGCUGCAGGGCACGUGUUCAGAUUCUCUCAUUUACUAGGUGGAACAUCCCAGACUGACUGUUGGGUCUCCCGACAAGAAAUCCCAUAGAUUUUCCACACUGACAGGUUGCUGUAAUGGAUUGUGACCCAAGGAGCCUAGGGAAGCUGGCUGGGCAUGUGAAUACUGAUUGUGCAAAAUCCAUAGGCAGAUCAUUGAGAUUGACGGGAAGUACAAACAAAUAUUAUGCAGUUAUCUUCCCUUCUCCCGGCACAGUUUACCCUUUUGUUUUCUUGGGGGUGGGGCGGGGGAGACAAAGUACAGUUGAGCUUCCUUACUACUCUCUACGUGUCCAAGAGUUAUCUGCAAUGUUGAUCUAAAAUCCAAAACAAUUGCCCAGAAGUCAGGUAAGAGCAAUGCUGUAACUCCAUACUAUGGAAACAAGGUAUCUAGCUGGAUGCAGCUGGUAAAUUCAGUCCCAUGGACCUUUGGGGUUUAUUUUCCUUAGCAGCUGACACCAUGUGUCUUUUGCAUCCCUGGUGGUGCUUGGUGCUUCUGCCCGUCUGGGCUCAUUGAGAAUAGGGAUUAAGGUAUGAUUUUAGGGAAUCUCAGAUGGGCUGGCGUUCCCUGUGCAUGUAUGAGCUGUUACUAUAAAGUCAUGCGACUGGCAUUUUAACAAAGGCUUUAGAGCUUCUAUAUCCCAGUGUAUGUUGUCUCCCUUGAGUGGCCCCAGCAAGAUACCACAUAGUUUUCUAAUGAUGUUGCCAUUGGCAAAAACAUUUCUGGAACUCUCCUCAAAGUCUAGAAACGUCUAGAAAUAUAGACUCCUAAAAUGUUAGAAUUGGAAGGGACCUUAAAGGUCAUCUAUUCCAACCUCCUCCUCUUACUGAGGCAGAAGCUAAGAUUUGGAAUGGUGACUCACUGAUUACUAGGGAUUUACUACAUCACCUUCUUUUGAUUCCUCCCGGGAGAUUUGCCCCUUCUUCUCUGGACAAAUCUUUAAUCUUUUGUGGUUAUAGAAGGGAGAAUUUUAAGUUUGAAACUAGUCAGAGGCUAUUUGAAGCCUCUGGAAGAGAAGGUAGGUCAAGAGGGUUUGGAGUCAUAGAUGAGGUACAGCCAUAAAGCAGCUAUUUUCUUCUGCUCCUAAACAGUUCCCAGAGAGACGUUCCAGAGAUGUCUUAAGCAUUCUGGUCAUCAUGGAGAUAUGUGGAGGCUCCUCAGUGACUACGUUGGUGGGAGUGUCACUCGAAUGUAUGUGUUCUGUGUGUCUGUGUGCGUGCACACAUGCAAAUGUAUGUUUAAACAUGCACCAAUCUCAUUACUUUAUAUUCACACCACUUCAGUUCUAGGCCCUGCCAGCAACAUAUGUCUCCAAAGGCUGCUGGAGGGUUGGUACCCAAGACAGAAGAGCUGGUGCUGGUGCUGGUCUGCGGAGUAAGAGGAGGGUGACUUAAUGCCCUUAGAGAAAUCAUCAGUUCCUGCCAUUUCACACAGUUCCCCUUGGUUCGGAGUACAUAAUAUCGGAAGGCUAGUCUCGUUGGUAGUAGCAAAGACACUUAUUUUUCCACUUGCCACCUUUUUCUAUAUCUCCAGUAAUUUGAAAAACAUUUUGGUUGGAACUGAUUUUUGUUUUUGGAAAAAAGAUAAAUAUUUUUACUAGAAAAAGAUAUAUAUUUUAAAUAUUUCCCCCAAAGUACUACUUUCAUUUUAAGAAAUUGCAUAGCAGUAGCAACAAAUUUUAGUUUCAGGUGCAGAGUGAAAAGCUACUUCCUGUUAAGUGAACAUUCCAGACGCUGGAUCCAACUUACUGACUUUCCCCUUUGCACCUACUGUUGUGCCUGGAAUGGUAUCAACAAUUGUUGUUUUCCAAACUUCCAGCUGAGCAGUAGCCCUUCACACAGAGGCAAAGUGGUUUAGGUUAAGGAGCGACAAGGCUUCACCUCUGAUCUGCUCGGCUUUGGAGGAGGAAAAAACCACUAAGGUAUUAUCUGUAUUUUAAAAUGCUUCCCUUACUUAACUAAAACCUGAACACUUUUUGCUUCUGAAAGAAUUCUGUGUCCUGUUGCUCGCUUGCUUGCUUGUGAAGUUUGUCACAAAUGGAGUUGUCAAUGUGAAUUAUUUGGAGAUGGAGAAAGACAAGAAAAGGAAAAUAGAGCGAUGGGAGGGUUUGUGGGCUAGAAUGAGAGAAAUACCAUUUCACAAAACAAACAUUUCUCAUGAAUCAUUGGAAUCUGAUUCACCCUACAAAUUUCCCAUGCCCUACUAACUCUGUUCUUUGUGUAUAUGCAUUCUGUGUUUUUUAUUAAAGGGGAAGUUCUGAGAGGUUGGAGGAUCAAGGUCAUUCUGAUGGGAAGUCCAAGAAAUGCGGUGCCCUGGGAAGGGGGAGCUCAGCCCUUUUCCAUAGAGUGGGAGAGACACUUUGGGAACAUGCUCAUGACCCGUUGAUUGUAUCUGCUGGAAGAAGUCAUCUGGGCCUGUUGGGUUGGUGUCAAAUCAGGCGAUUAGGCAUCCAGUCCUUGGCCCCUUUCGUAUAAUUGCCUCUUUUUAAAAGGUUAAUUCGCCUUGGCUGAAGCUUCCCAGGAAAACCCUUUGUAAGUGGCUUCAUUUAUUUUUUUAAUUUAAUUUUUAGACUUUUGUCUGGAGGAAGAACUGGUGAUGAAUGCCUUCUGUUUUUGUUUUGUUUUUUUCUCAUUUUUCCUAAAAGAAAAAAAUGCCCUUAAGGAUUAAAGCUGCUUAAUUAAUUGCUGUCUGAUUACAAAGUGACAAACUAAGAUGGGAAACUGCCACUGUGCUUGACUGGUGAAGCUGAUGACCGAAGGCUGUGCCGUUCAUUCUUUCUGUUCCAUUCAGACAUUCCUGAGCUUCGUUCGAACUUGUGCCAACCCUGUGCUGGGUCAUGGAGAUACAAGGAUGGAAAGGACAGUCCCUGCUCCUAAGAAGCUCAGCCUCUAAUGGAAUGUAUUUGAAGGUAUAUGUGGCUGGAGAGUUUGUUCAUGCUCGUGUGAAAGGCCACUUCUUCAUAGUGAUGAUCUUGGAUGGAGUCAUUUGAGAUACUGUCCAGCACCUGACAGGCUGCACUGAACAUUUUAGACACCCCCAUCAGUAUUUCUCAAUUUGAUUGCAACACUGCUUUCCAUUUCCUAAGUAAUUUUAUCAGAGGAGAAUGAAUUUUCUCCUCCAGUGAUACAGGACAAUAAUUUCUCGUCAGGAGCUGCUUUUACAUAAGCUCCAGGAAAUGAGGCAGGGUGUGGAUCAUUGACAUGGUCAGAGGAGGCCCACAUCCCACCUUACUGAUCUAACCUCUCUCCCAACCAGACCUCUCACCAGAGCUGGCAGCAACUUUGGAGUCUUUUCCUUUUUCCUGCCUGGCUUUUCAUUGAGAUGGAAAGCCAACAGGAGAGGAAGGAAAGAAAAACUGAAGGCUGGAUUAUAAUCAUAAAAUGCUGUAGCUGGAAAGGGCAUGGAAAUAACUCAGAUCAAACUCACCCAUCUGCUUCCCCUUUUUUUCUUCCUAAUAAGGAACUUGAGGUCCAGUGCUUUAUGCCCUGUUGACACUGUAGUUUCCUAGGAUCUAAAUAGUCUUUUUAAGUUACACACACACACACAAUUUGCUAACGAGGAGGACACCCAAAUGAUAUAGGAAGCUUUUUGUUUUAAUAGCUUUUUUUCUUCUAAAAUUUUUCAGAAUUAAAAUAUGCCUCUGCCCCUGAAUACAUACCCAGAUAGGGGAAACCCCAUAAUGUGACUAAUGUGAAUAUGGAAUCUUGGGAAGUGAUAUAUUUUGAUUGGAAUGGUCAUCAUUUUAACCACCAAGGGUUAAAACCAUGCCAGCCCUUCAUUUUUCUUUGAAAAAAUCAAGAACUCCUUGGGGACUUAAAUCUUUCUCAGCCAGCCUUUUCCCCUGUCAACCAAAAGAGUGGUAUUCAGCCUGGUUUUUAGAAGUGAACAUAGUUGCUUAUAAAUUCUUGUGAGUUAGUGACAAAGCAGGUAUGUUUUUUUUGGGUCAGGGAGAUUCUAGGGAAAGCUGCUGUUGAAUAGAUUUUGCUCCAAAGAUGAUACAGAAAAUGCAUCUUUACACGUGAUUGUUACCCACUGUAGCUUUCUGAAGAAGAUCGUUCUAUAGGAAAAAGAGACAUAAGCAGAGGUCACAACCAGUUUAGAGAUCGGUUAAAUUGGAUGAAGAAAAAGUGCCAAGACUGAAUGUGCACAUUGUUCUAUGUAUUAUCAGUAUUUUUAUUCUUCCUAAGAAAAAUAUUUACACACUUUGCUUUGUGAGUAAAUGCUUCCUUAAUGUCUUGUUAAUAAGCGUGGCAGGCUCCCUCUCUACCUUUUCUGGUGUCUUAAAUCAACUGGUUGGACAGAGCUGAGCUAAGGCCAGGCUUAUUCAUCUUCCUUCCCUCCUAUUUAAUAAGAGGUAAAAACAGGCAAUGCACUCCUCAAAGAUUAAAUUAUUAGAGCUCAAGAGAAGCUUUUGGGCCCUGGGUCUGGCCCUUAGCCUGCAGCAGAACACUUCAAUUCCUAAGGAGAGAAUGUAUAACUGUGUGAGGGAAAAAAAAUUACCUUAAAUGCCAUCUAAUGGUUUUAUUGUUACUCUCAAUUUGUACAGACACUGUUGUCCUUAGGGCCCUUCCCCUUCCCACCUACAAACAGAAAAUGGGAUGCAUAUUGGUUUUCUACCUGCUGUCUUCACUGGAAUUGGAGAAGGGGCCUGGAUCCUUGUGGACCGCCACUGCGGGCUGCCUCCUCUCCAGCUCAUCAUAAAGAGCAUUUUGACAAAGACUCAGAACGGGGCAUGCCUGGUCAGGGAUGCUUCUGACCACAAAGAAAUGGCACAGAAUCAAAUGGGGUGAUGUGUUGUUUAUUUAAACAGUACCAGGGUGCAUUCUUCAGUGUGUGUUUGCCUGCUUAAGGAGAGGCCCAAGUUGAGAAUACAGUAAAGCAAACUCAUGAAAGUGAA